AUGUUAAUAGCAAAAUUUGAAUGGCUGGUAUGGCAACUGUAUGUUGUUGGCUUGUUGCAGCCUUUUUUUCCAACAAAUAAUUCUUAUGAAUCACAAAAGUUAUCUGAAAAUACAAAUACUACUUAUCAGUGUGAUGGAAAAAACCAAAAAGAGGAAAGUAACACUUAUCUGGUGAUUGGUCAAUCUGUACAAGAUGAUGCAAAAUUUAUGAACCGUCAACAUGAAUUCUUUUCAGCCAACACCGGGGAUACUUCUGAUAACAAGUCUAUGGAGCAUGAUACCGUUUUAAAUUCUAUAAGCAACGCACAGUCAGACACGAAUCCCACAUGGAAACCAAAAUCAAUGUUUCAAAAAGAAAGUUCUCCAUUUCCCACAAGUAUUUCCUCCCAUUCCAAUCCUAAAAGUCAGAACUCAGAAGCUCAUCAAUGGUCGGAUAACACCACCUAUACUUGUGAUCAAAAUAAAAAUGAUCAAAGUAAUAUUGAUUGUUCUAUGCAUGAAUCUCCAUCUAAUGGUCAAAGUUGUGGUACUAGCUUUUACCAUGAUGCAGAAAAUCGCAACACUAGUGGUGUGUGUGAAGGCACAGGCAGCAGGAGUGAUGGAAAUGCCCUUCUAUCUGUUGUACGCAAGAAUCAUCUUGAAAGUUCUAUCAGUAAUGAUCACUAUGGCGAGCUUAGAGGCGCAAAUUCUCACUGCACCAGCCAUAGAGAAGCAACUCUAACAACGUUUCGACUGAAGCGAAAAGACAUAUGUUAUGACAAAAAGGUACUGCAACCACCGCGCUUUCACUGCUUCACAAAAUCAGACAAUGGUUGA